AUGAUGCAGCAAUCGUUCAGAUUGGCUCAUGAUCUCGAUCCACAUAAUUACACUAGUGGGCGCUGGCUUCGCAAUGACGAGGAGGAGCGAGCCUCUCGCUAUAUUCAAUUCGAUUUUGAUGCCCUCCGUCGCAAAGUCCUUACCCUAUCGCCAGGUGCAAGUACGAUCACAAAAUGCCAAAAAUUGGAAGGCGGUUUCAACCGGGUCUUCAUUUUUGAACUGGACGACGAUAAACGAGUGGUCGCAAGGCUUCCCUUUUCGCUGGCUGGCCCGGCACAGCUGACUACCAGUUCUGAGAUCGCAACGAUCGAAUAUCUGCAAGCCAAUACUACCGUUCCUAUACCCAAGAUACUCGACUGGAGCAACGAUGCCACGAGCAUCGAUAAUCCCAUUGGCAGCGAAUACAUCAUCAUGGAGCAUGCAACUGGUGUUCAGUUGCACAAGAGGUGGCAUGAAAUGGAUGAUAAGAAACGUAUCAAGUGUAUAGACGCGAUCUACCGGAAGCUUAAAGAAGUGGUUGACCUACAGUUUCCGUGCUUUGGGAGUCUGUAUCCUAUACACAGUCCCGUAAGCCCCGACAACAGGCAUGUGCUUGACGGAGAAUACUGUAUUGGACCACAUUGUGGAACCAGAUACUGGAAUCGUGACGUUGGAAGAGGUCAAGCUUCACAUGAUACAAAACCCAACCGGGGGCCUGUGGGGAACGACCUUUAUGAAUACUGCGAUGGCCUUAUUGAUGCUGGUCUAUCGAGGCUUCCGGCUGUGGACUCGGAAACGAAACGACGACCUAUGUAUCAUGGCUCAGUUGAAGCACACAAGAUGCUUCUAGCUCAGGCGCGAGACCUGAUGAGAUGCAUGUCUCAGGACUCCCGGAUACAGGACUGCGCGACACCAGUAUUGUUUCACCCAGAUCUUCACAAGAGGAACAUAUUUGUCUCAGAGGAUGAUCCUUCUGAGAUAACGGCUAUUAUUGACUGGCAGGCCGCUAGCAUUGAGCCGGCGUUCUGGUAUGCGGAUGAGAUUCCCGACUUUGCAACGGAGAAUGAGGUCUGCACUAGAGCAUUUGAUGUCUGCACCCAAUUUCUUAUACCCACGCUGUCAAAGCCGAGAUUGAUGGACCAGAAUCUAUUCCGACCAUUUCGCUACAGCUACAGGACGUGGAAGGAUGGAGCUGCGGCACUACACCACAACUUGAUUAACACAUCUCAAAACUGGGAAAAGCUAGGCUUUGCAGGACCAUGUCCUUACCCAGUCCCUCCACCGCAUGAACUCGCAGAUCAUCAGAAGAAGUACAGGCUUUUUGAAGCAGCGCAUAAUCUGCGUUAUGACCUGGCAGGCUUGCUCAACACAGCCACUGAUGGCUGGGUGCCAACGGGUGAUUGGGAGGCGGCGCAGGCAGCGCAUCAUGAGAUGUUUGAUGGAAUGUUGCAGGCCGUAUUGACUAAUCCUGAGAUUGACGAUCCAGAUGAGCCUGUGAAGGAUGAAGAGACACUGAGAUCCAUAUGGCCCUUUGAUAUGUAA